AUUAUAGAAAUUAAUAUUUGACCUGUGUAAAAAUCUCAUAAACACAAAAAAAAGCCCGACGCGAGAACCAAAUCCGAGCUCGUAGUCGUCGAUAUGGAUACAGACGCUGUGUCGAAGGCGUUCGUCGCCCACUACUACACGACGUUCGAUUCCAAUCGGGCCGGGCUUGCAAAUCUGUACCAGGAGGGUUCGAUGCUGACCUUCGAGGGCGAGAAGAUCAUGGGAGCCCAGAACAUCGUCGCCAAGCUCACCGGCUUGCCCUUUCAGCAGUGCCACCACCAGAUCACCACCAUCGACUGCCAGCCGUCGGGACCCGCCGGCGGCGUGCUUGUUUUCGUGUCCGGUAACCUCCAGCUCGCUGGCGAGCAACAUGCCCUAAAGUUCAGCCAGAUGUUUCAUUUGAUGCCACAUCAAGGAAGCCUAUAUGUGCUAAAUGACAUUUUCCGCCUCAAUUAUGCAUGAGCGAGCUGGAACUCUAUUGGGCUGUUGAUUAAAAUCCCGGGCCUUUGACCUUGUUUUUCAAAUUAUUGUGUCAGGUUUCUAAAAGAAGUGUUUAGAUUCAUCUGAUUGGCUGUUUGUGUAUUCUUUUCGCAUAUUAUUGUGAAGAUUGAAGACAAAUUCUCUCAGUCGAGAUGGAAUCAUUUUGAUUGCAUGAACUCUCAAGUCUGUAUGGAUGGUUAAAUUGAAAGAAUUUGUAAUGUACAGCAUUUCGUUCAAUUUAUAUGAAGCUGCGGUCUUAUGUUUCUACAGUUGAUUAACUUUUUGGUUAGGGCAAAUUGAUUCAAUGCUAAAAAUGAGGUCUUUGUGUUG